CGACCAACCCCAGUCAUGAUCACGCCCGCUCUGUGUCUGCUCUGGGCCCUGGCAGCGCUGGCCCGCCCAACACCCCCAAUCCCCACGGGCGGCCCGGAGGAGCCAGCCCAGGGCGAGGAGUUGACCCUCCUGUUCCAUGGGGCCCUGCAGCUGGGCCAGGCCCUCAACGGCGUCUACAAGGCUACGGACACACAGCUGACAGAGGCUGGGCGUAACCUGGGGCUCUACGGCCACACACUGCAGCUGCUGCGACGGGAUGUGAGCUGGGGCCGGGCAGCAGCCCAGGAGCUUCGGGCCAGCCUGAAGCAGGUGCAGACGGAAGGAGUCGCCCUGCAGCUACAGGCAGAAGCCACGGCCCAAGAGCUGGCGGAGCUGGCCCAGGGACAGCGGUCGCUCAGGGACAGUGUCUGGCGUCUGGAGGGGAAGCUGCUGGGUGCCCGGCUGGGUCAGGCCCAACACCAGGAACUCGAGGCCUUGAAGGUGCACGCGGACAAGCAGAGCCACAUGGUGUGGGCCCUGGCCGGCCACUUGCAGCGGCAGCGGCAAGAGAUGGCGGCGCAGCAGCGCUCGCUGCGGCAGAUCCAGCACAGGUGCACUGGCUGGGGCAGGGCGGGGGUGCCGGGUGGACCUGGCGACCACUGGGUUCAAGGAUGA